UUGUUGCUGCAGGCUUUAAUGAACGCAAUCACGACAGGGGAACAGGGGAAAGAGAGGAGGGGUAGCAGCACCUCAGGAUCUCACCAACAGCCCCACUUUAAUCUCAAACAGAAAGAAAGAGUGGCAGAGAGAGAGAGAGAGAGCAGAGUAGGGAGAGAAGGAGGAGUCAGUGAGUCAGUCAGUCAGUCAGUAAGACAAAGCUGGUGUGGUUUUGACUGCUGUUACUGAGCCAGUGUAGGUGGUGGAGAAAAAUGUGUAAUACAGACUAAGGGAAAAGCGAAGAGAGAAAAAGGGAGAGAAGAAAAGGAGUCCUGUAAUCUGCUUGGCAUGCGACUGUGUCCCUGGCCUGCGUGUAAGUAUGUGCAGAUGAACGGGACAUUUUGGUCUGGAAUGUGUCUCAGCUAACCUCAGGGGACCUCAGAGAACAUAUACCUCACCAUGCUGGGAAAGGACUACAUGCUCGCCAUCAUCAUAGUCAAUUAUGAAGAUGACAUCUGGAAUGAUCAGAGCCUGACGCUGGACUCAGACCUCCCUCCAGGAUGGCGUACUAUACGGGACAGCACAGGUACCUACUACUGGCACGUGCCUUCAGGCACCACACAGUGGCAGCACCCUUCAUACAGCACAGAGGACGAACCGAGCAUCAGCAACGGACUCCCAGCUAACCAGCUCAAGAAUGCGGGAGCAGAUGGGAGGUGUGAGUCUAGAGGGAGGAUAACAGAAAGCCCCAUGCAUUCCCUCAGUGAUGAAGUGUCCUGGCAGGAAGAAUACUUCUGUGCGAACAUGGACCCAGACUCCAAGUGUUUUGCGGUACGCUCACUGGGAUGGGUGGAGAUCCCAGAAGAGGACCUGGCUCCAGGGAAGAGCAGCCUGGCAGUCAAUAACUGCAUCCAGCAGCUCUCUCACAGCAAGGCUGAGGGCCGCGAUGCUGUGGGAGCCUGGGGAGAGGGUCAGGACAUGAUGAUGGUGCUCAAAAAAGACACAUUAAGCCUCCUGGACCCCAUAGACCGCAGUCUAAUCCACUGCCAACCCAUCAUCAGCAUUCGAGUGUGGGGGGUAGGCUGCAACAAUGGCAGGGACUUUGCCUUUGUGGCCAGCGAUAAGGACACGUGCAUGUUGAAGUGCCACGUGUUCCGCUGCAGCGCACCAGCUAAGACUAUAGCCUCUGCCCUGCAUGAGAUGUGCUCCAAGAUCAUGGCAGAGAAGGCAUCAAUGCCACCAUCCGUGCCACGGUCACUUACAAUGGAGAGCAUUUCUCCCGAGGAUUUGCCUCACCAUGUCAACUUCUUAGAUGCUGUGAGACAGAGGGUUCAAAGAUUUGACGUUGAGUAUAUCGGAAACCUGCCCGUCUCCAGAGCAAUGGCAGGGAUGGAAGUGCUGAACAGGGCUAUUGAGAGCAUCAUGUACUCCAGAGACAGAGACGAAUGGGAGCGGAUUGUCAUUCACGUGUCAGACAGAGUGCUGUCGCUGUGGAAGGGAGAGGAUGGUGAAGACCCUUUUUGGGAAUGCCAGGUACGCUAUCUGACCUUCCUCGGUGUCGGUCAUGACACACAUACUUUUGCAGUGAUAGUAGAUGCCGGCACUCAGCGCUUUGAGUGUCACGUGUUCUGGUGUGAACCUGAUGCUGGGAUCGUGUCCGAGGCAGUCCAGGCAGCAUGCAUGGUCCAGUACCAGAAGUGUUUGGUCGCCCAGACACCACCUUUGAGAUCAAAAAUGUGGCGAGCUGGCUCCAAAGUCAAACGCGCCAACUCCAUGGAUGGCUCCAGCUUUCCUCCAUGCCAGCAAGGAUACAUGCAACCCAAAAUGGCUUCGUCUAGCAUAAAGAAAGGCAUGCUGGCAUUUUUCGAGACAUUCCGAAAUAAACCUCCUGUGGUUCCUGCACCAUAGCAACAGAGAUCCGGAGAGGGCAGGGGGAGGAAGUGAUGGGUUUGGGUGGGGGCAGGUUGAAGGAUGUAAAGAAUGAGGAAAGAGAGCGAGCAAGAGCAAAUAAAAUACUUAUAAUUCCCCAGACAACCUUAAAAAAAACAUGGCAAAGGAAAGCCACCUACACUGCAAGGACCUUUAGUGCUUAUACAUAUCUGACUACAGCAGGUUAACAACUGUUAAAUGAGAAUCCUGAGGUGCUGUGCUCUCACAUUCCACUCUUGUACUGAGGAGCAAAUAUAGAUAUAGCGAUAUAAGAGUUGUCCUAUUAAUAAAUUAGGACAGAGAUCACCUUGACAAACCCUAAUCUAUUAUGUCUGAUGUUACAGUAGGUCAGUGUAGGUGAACCGGAAACUGGAGAUGCGGAGAAUGUAGAAAUGUAUCCCAGCGUCAAAAUGUUCUAGGUCCUUCUCCUGGGAAAUUCAGGAUAAUGUGCAAUAAUGUGUCUCAGCAUGUGACUUUUUCUUGAUACGUAUCGAUGUAUAGGAUAGUGACCUAAUUCUGGUAUGACAAGUGUUUAGAGGUUAGACAUGUUCUAUUUAGGUCACUUGUGUUCAAAUAGAAGAGAAGUUCACUUUCACCUAUUAACCUUCAUCCUGGUUUAAUAAAAAAAUAAAAAAAUAAAUGUAAAUGUUCUGACACUCAGAGGACUAAAGGAGUAAGUCCGACCAAUCGGAGAGAGAGCAUAUCUGGAUAUACUUCAGCCGUGAGCACACAUUUCAUGUACUCUGUUCAAAUUAGAAUUACACCAGGAUUAAAAUCGGUUUUCAAAACUGAGAUGGAGGAAGGGAGAGACUUCGUAAAUCCCAAAAGCCAAGGAAUACAUAAUUGGCUAUGUUCUGUGAUCCCUAAAGCUUGGUGGCACAGUUGCAUGCAUUUGCACAUGCUUGGGAAUGAAAGGCUUUGCUACAGGCACAUUUAUAUUGAGAAAAAAAAAAGAGUUUGGCCAAAAUUCGAGUAUCGUGGCUGAUACCAAAAAACCCCACAAAGUGCAUCUAUGAUAAAACCCUAACCCUAAUAUAACACCAAAAACACUGACUAAAGAAGUUUUGAUCUUAUUUUCACCGUCACAAAAAACUGAAUGUAGAACAAUAAGCUUUCGAAACAUGUUUCAGCGCAUGUCGAUUGGCCACUGGAAUGGCACUAUGAGAAAGUCCUAUGACGCUGCAACAGCGAUAUGCAACCGCUCCUUUCCCUUAAGCAUGUAUAUUAACGCCAACAAACUCAGGUUUCCUCAAGACACCAGUGGAAUCAUGGGUAGGAAUGGACAACACUUUCAGCAUAGCCUUUGUUCACCGAAACGAGCAUUUGUCAGAGACACGGUCAUAAUACUAUUCAUGUAGCACCGUUCUUAUUUUCUGCUCUUUAUACUCUUCUCUGUAAAGAAAUCUUCUUUGUAUAUAUUUGCAGUUUGUUAGCACAGAAAUAGGAUGUCAUGUAAAAUGAGUUUUUCUCUUUUUUUUUUUAUUGUUAUUUAUAUUAAGUUGAUAGUAUUGUUGCAUUAUGUAUUGAAACUGAUUCCACUUGUGGUUUGGAAUGGGACAAUAAAACUGCU